AUGAAGCCCGUGUUGGUCCUGACUGUGUGUGUCUGUGUGUGUCUGUGUGUGUAUGUUCCAGUUGUGUUUAAUCAGAGCAGAGUGAGUUAUGAUUUUCUGCCUCUCUGACACUGAUUAGGAUGAAAUGUAAAAGGAGAGGAGGAGAGGAAACAGUGCAGAAGUUUUUCCUAAUUUUUUCCUGACACUGAUUAGACCUCAGCCUCGCGCCUCAAACUCCCUCCACGAGGCUCAUUUAUAUCCAGGUGAAAUAUCCUCUAUGUGUACAAACGAGCCUGAAAACACAGAUUUAGUUUUAUAUACAUGUUUAUAAAACUAAUCUGACUCUAUAUUAAAAAUGAACCUCACAGAGUUUUAAUUCUUAAUUCCUCCUGAAAUGAAAAACAGGAUUUAAAAUGAAAUAAUUACUUAAUGAGAAACAUGGUUUUUCCUAUAAAAUACAUCCCAUAAUAGUUCUUUUUAUUUUUUAUUCAUCACUGACAAACCGCCUCAUUACAGUUCGUUAAUAUUUUACGCGUUUUAACAUGAAACUAUAAACUUUAAACUGAAACUAAAUUACUAAACUAUUAAAAUGUGUUUUUUUUUCACAGCCAACAUUUUUACUACAAUUCUACAUCAUAGAUUUAGUAUUUUACGGACCACGCGUUUAAAACAACAGAGAAACUAAAGUAGGAGAGCAGAUUUACGCAGAUGAUAAACACUACAGGCCUCUCUACUUCAACUCUGAGAAUUAUAACAGAGAGAGAAGUCAGAUAUCCUACCCUCCGAGGACUGUUUCUUUUCUACUUUUCCUCCAGAGAAAGAGAGAUAGAGAGAGGGUAAAAGAAAAGAGCAGCACUCUCUCUCUCUCUCUCUCUCUCUCUCUCUCGGCCUGCUUUUCAUUCACGCUUCCAAACGGAAUAUGUGUCGCUGAGGUCGUAAAAUAACCGCAGCCAUAAAUAAGUCUCUCCCUCUCUGUGUUUCCCCUACAGGCUCUGACUUGUCUGCAGACAGUCCGACUGACAAAUAGAGACAAAGACUCUAUUUUUACUUUAACUUUACACCCUCCCUCUCUCCCUCUCUCUCUCAGUCCCUCCAUCCCUCCAUCCGUGCCCGAGUCUGCUGCCUGAAAGUCUCGCCCGAGCAGAGGGACAGAUGAUGAGUUUAAUCCUGGACUCUCUCUCUAUCUCUCUCUCUCUCUUUGUGUUUGUAUAUGCAGGAUUACUCAGACAUGAAUCUCUCUAUUUUGACUCUCAUUUCUGACCUCUCUCUCUCUCUCUCUCUCUCUCUCUCUCUCUCUCUCUCCCCCUCUCUCUCUCUCUCUCUCUCUCUGGCAGGGCAGGACGCUCCGUUUCCUCUCGGCUUUGUGGGAACGGGAAGCGGCCACAUUGUGCUGGAGCUGCUGUGGUUUAAUCAUUAAUAUGAGCUCUCCGAGAACACGGUACACACACACACACACACACACACACACACAAACACACACACACACACACACACACACACACACACACACACACACUCACUCACUCACUCACUCACACUCACAAACACACACAAAGGUAAUACUGUUAUUACACACACAGCCUGUUAUUAUCACGUGACUGUGGUGGUUUUGGCCCGGUGUCAGCGGUACCUCCUAAAUCUGAUCCAUGAAUCUCUGAUCUGACUUUCUGACAGGAGUGUGCCUCUCAGACUGAUCAGAGUUAGUGUCAGAGAAAUAAAAACGAGCUGCAGUGAAAUGAUGAAGUGUUAAAAACCUGUUUACAGUGUGUAAAAUUAAACGGUAACACGCUGCGUAAAUUAACGACAGCGCGCAGCAGGUGAGGCGCACAGAGCCGCUGUCUGAACACGUUAAUUCAUCUGUUUAUCAGCCCGAAAAAUACACGUGAAUUACGCAGAAUUGAUUUGACUUUACCUCUCUGACAGGUGGGUCAGAGUCAGCUCUGAAAAACACAAAAUUCACCCAAACUUAAGGCUCAGACUGAAGCGCCUGAUGGAGUAAAAAGUUGUUUUUCAAUCCUAAAAAGAAACAGAAAUACUUCUUAAAUCACUAAUUUAGGUGUGACACAAAAAUUUUAAAUUAAAAGUGAUUGUAAAGAGAUAUUACAAAGCUUCGUACAAGACAGAUAAACCCAGGGAAUACUUUAAGAGUUUCAGAAAAUGUGGAUGUAAUGUUGCAGGGAGUACAAAUAUGUGUUUAUACUAGUAUGUGCAGAAAAACUUAAGUGGCACAUCCGUAUUUUUUGUGUUUUUGCCGCCUAUAAAUAAAAGUAAUCAAUGGGAAUAGAUGACAAAUUAAUCAGACUUUAAGUUACUGAAUAAAAGUUUAAAUCCAGAGAAGUUCAUGAGUUCAGAGUCCAAAUUAAAGCAGACGUCCUCCUGUUUAAAUGUGAUUAUUAUUGUUUUUAUUAUAAUUAUAGUUUUCUCCUUCCUUAUGUAAUCACACAGCAGCAGCAGCAGGAUAACGUAAAGGUGUUCAUGUGACUCACCUGACUUCACCUGAAGGCAACAGUGUGACCUCAUUCCUGCCUCAGUAUCAUGUGACCUCCCUGACAUCUUCACACAGUAACCUGGCCUUAACGCGGAGGUGUCUGACUCUUGUGUUCAGUACAGGUGUGUUCGAGGAGGAGCAGCAAACAAACAAACAAACAAACGGAGGAGGAAGAGGAGGCUGUAAAGUGUCUGUGAAGGAGAGGCAGAUAAAGAGAUGAUGGAGGUACAUACCAGCUGUCACUCUUCUCUCUCUCUUUUUAUCACCACUUUCUUUCACUUUCUCUCCGCGCAUUAACAUUCUUGUGAAGUUGAACCAGAGAAGAAAAGUCAGCAGCAGCAGGUUGUUGUUUUUUUUCUUCCUCUCUCCAACACAAAAGCAUGAAACACUAAUCCAGAACUUUUCCACGAGGCCUUAAGUUGGAGUAGACCCACUCAUGAUCAUUAAUAAUAUUUAACGGCAGUGGUUCGUCUGUGGGAGGCCGCAGCGGCGCAGAAAAUAAUCCGCCUAAUAACGGCGCGUUAGGGUUUGUUCGUGGGGUUAAAUCGCGCUGUGUGAUAAUUACAACCUGCGGGAUUUUCAGAGGAGGUAUAAGUGUGUGUAAGCAUGCGCAGUAAAUCGUGUCUGUUAGCUGUGAUUGAGCUGCAGAGUAAAGAGAGAGGAGAGGAGAGGAACUCCAGGAAUCUGAGAAACUUCAGAGAUCAUCGACAAUUAAAGCAGGAGGACUCAGACUGCUGCUUUAUGGCUCCUCUCUCUUCACCUCUCUCUCUCUCUCUCUCUCUCUCUCUCUCUCUCUCUCUCUCUCUCUCUCUCUCUCUCUCUCUCUCUCUCUUUGACCCUCAGGACUUUUAUGGCUUUAUGACCGUUUAUGACUCCUUGUAAAGUCCGAGGAAUGGCGACGAACUGAAAAACAGGCCCGCAGCAGCAAACAGCAGAUGAACAAAUGUGCUGCACACACACGGACACACACACACACACGGACACACACACGGACAGUGUACAGUUCAUCUGCGGUUCAUUUCUGGGUCGGCUGAGCUCCAAACCGCCUCUCUUCACUCCGUUUUCAUGAACACACACUCAGUGAAUAAUUAACUGUCUAUGAAAUUAAAACCCAGAUUAUUUCCACUGCCUCACAUUUCUUUUUUUUUCCUCCAGGUUUUUAUUUUCAGAGAUGAUUUGGCUGCAGCAGGAGACUCCAGGAGCGCCUCACAGAGGAGGUAUGUUUGAUAUUUAUCCAUGAAAACAAUCUGAGAGUUCUAAUUUAUCAGUUUAAAAUUAGAGCAAUAAUAAUUAUUAAACUCACGGCUGCUCUGAAGAUUGUUUCUUCAUGAAUUUAAAAGUUUUAACACUUUGAAAGUUACGUUUUACGUUAAAGUAAAAAUGAACUUUUUCUCCCUAAAGUUUAAAAACUUUAAAUAUUUUAAAUGAACUGUUAAUUUAUUCUGAAUCACAUAAAACUUUCCCUUUAACACUUAAAAAAAAUAUAAAUGUAUUUUUCUUUUACGCACGUUGUGCCCCGAGCCUUGUGUCCGUGUGUGUGUGUAUGUGUGUGUGUGUGUGUGUCCGUGUCCGUGUCCGUGUCCGUGUCCGUGUCCGUGUGUGUGUGACCUCAGCUUAGUUAAUAUUAAACUCCAAGAAUUUCCCUCACUUUGCAUUUUUCUCUGUUUUUUUCUGACUGAAUGUUUUUCAUCGUCUCCAGGAAGCGCGAGCCGGCUGGUCGAGUCCUUCACGGCACCUUGAGCUCGUGCUCAGGGUCAGAUCACCGGACUGUUACCGGAGGGCGCGAGCGCUUCGGUCACGCCACCACGCCAGAGGCCCCGGGACCCGUUAAAGAUUAA